AGUCGUUAUUUUCUUACGAACGUGUGUGAGUGCCACUCUGUUUUGAAACUGUGUUCAGUGAGAAAUUCUGUCCGCUCUCUGUUUGCGCCGAAUGACAUUUCGAUUUUAACUCCAAGCAAAAUGGCUGCCGAUUCGGGAAUGGAUACAUGCCCCUCGCCUGAGAUCGCCGAUUCCAGAAAAAGACCUCUGGAUGGGGACGCCGAGAACGGAGACACUAAGCGGUCCCACUUUAGUUCAGAUGGAGGAUCUGAUGAGGAAAAAUACGUUCAAGGAGGAGAUGGUACCUUCCACUUCAAAGUUUUGGUUCCCAGUGUUGCAGCUGGAGCCAUUAUUGGAAAGGGAGGUGAAACCAUUGCACAACUGCAGAAAGAAACUGGAGCUAGAGUUAAGAUGUCGAAAUCACAUGAUUACUAUCCAGGUACAACGGAGCGAGUGUGUCUGAUAACCGGCAGCGUGGAAGCAAUUAUGAACGCCCUUGACUUCAUAAUGAAUAAAAUCAGAGAAAAACCGGAUUUGGCCAAGAACAUGGGCGACUCAGAAAACAAGAUGCACGAACGGGAAAGGCACGUUAAGAUUUUAGUGCCAAAUUCUACAGCUGGUAUGAUAAUAGGCAAGGCGGGAAAUUACAUCAAACAGAUCAAAGAAUCCAGCGGGUCAUACGUACAGAUAUCACAGAAAUCCAAAGAUAUUAGUUUGCAAGAGAGAUGUAUUACAGUUAUCGGAGAAAAGGAACAGAACAAACAGGCCUGCAUGAUGAUUAUGAGUAAGAUAGUAGAAGACCCUCAGAGUGGCACGUGUUUAAACGUAUCCUACGCUGAUAUCAACGGUCCAGUUGCCAAUUUUAAUCCCACGGGUUCACCCUUCGCCAAUCAGCACUCACCAAAUGCUUUCAACGCUUCCACAACGAGUCUUAAUGGUGGUUUAAGUACUGCCGUUUCUCAGGGUCUCCUGCUUAAUGGCGGACUUAACCUUAGUCUAAAUUUGAACACUCCAGGACAGAAUAUUUCGAAUGUUACUGCGCAGUUAUUGGAUCAUAUCAAGAUGCAAUUGAGGACGUCCGGUCUGGCCGAUUCCCAAAUAGUUGAAAUUUGUGCUGCAAUUGCCGUUCUGGCCAAAUAUGGAGUCAUAUCCGUUGGAUUAGGAAUUGGUCAAGCCCAUCCAGGAACCUUGCCAAAUUAUUUGAGUGUUAUGGAAGGAGCUGCGCCAAAUCCAGGUGCAGGAGUUUUUGGAGCUAUCGGUCAGGUUAGCUUAGGAGAUUGUUUAGGUGCCAAUACUGCUGCUCCACGAUCUAGUUUGGAACGGUAUGAAUCUGCGUUUGACCCUUUUCGGCAUCAGGCCUCGGCUGCUACGGCGCCUAUUUCUUUAAAUAAUAAUAGUUUCGGUUUGGGUACGGGCCAGCAGAUGACUGUACUGAGCAAAAGUCCCACUCCUGCUGAAUUAGGUGGCCCCAAAGAUUCGAAAAAUGUUGAAAUUGCAGAAGUCAUAGUAGGAGCAAUUCUUGGUCCCGGCGGCAGAUCGUUAGUAGAAAUUCAACAGAUAAGCGGUGCAAGCAUCCAAAUAUCAAAGAAAGGCAUAUUUGCCCCUGGUACCCGUAACCGUAUCGUCACCAUAACAGGAAAUCCGCAUUCCAUCAAUACUGCUCAAUACCUAAUCGAACAGCGCAUAAGUGAAGAAGAAAUAAAAAGGGCACGUAACAACGGCUUAGGACAACUCGCAAUCCAGUGAUCAAUGCCCGAAGAGGGUGUUAGUAUAAAUAGUGUUACUAUUUCAUGUACAAACAACAGAAGUCCGCAGAAUGAGGGUAAACCUAUGGAAAAAGGACAAUCUUGGUGCGAGGAGUAGGUUGUUUGGGUAUUGGUCGGAACGUUAGGGCAAUUUAAAUGCUGGAUAUCUAUUAUUUCCAUCUUAUGUUACCUUAAAAACCUCUACUAGUUAAUAUAUAAAUCCUACUUUGAGAGGAGUUGAUAGUUGACAGCUUACCAGUAGCUGUCAGUCUGUCUUUUUAUCUAUUAAAAUACAGAUAUCUUCCAAAUGAGAUGAUAUAAGAUUUCAGCUUAUGAAUUUAAAUUGCCCUAAUAAUUGCCAUUUUUGUUUAAAAAUAUAUGUCUAUUUUAAUGGUAAAAUUACCAUUGUGUCUUGUUACCAUACUAUAUAAUUUGACUGGGUCUUUCGCGGGUGUUUUAUUGUUGUGAUAUCGUUUCGUUUACACUCCAAACAUCACCUGUUCCAAGCUUGAAUCAAUGUUAAAUCUAAAAUGUAUGCCAUAACCUAAAAAGACCCAUCUAUGUAUAUGUAUUGUAUUGUUUGUUUAUGAACUGUACGUCGUACAGUAUAAUAUACUUGUUUGUAUUUUAUUUUUUGAAAAAUUGAAAUAUAAAAUGUUAUUGAUAUC